AUGGUUCAUUUGCCAGAAGAGGCAUUGUUUGCUGGUCCUGUCAACUAUCUUUGGAUGUAUCCAAUAGAAAGGCUACUCGGAGAGCUAAAAAAAACUGUAUGCAACAAGACGAAGCCUAAAGGAUCAAUUAUAGAGGCUUGGGUUCAAUAUGAGUUGCUUACUUUCUGUGGAAUGUAUUUACAAGAUGUGGACACGGCUUUCAAUCAUCCUCGGCGCAAUAAUGACGGAGGUGUGAGAAAUGAGAAACUUUCUGUUUUUGCCCAAAGGGCACGACCCUUUGGAGAUCCUAUACGAGGAGAGUCGUUUUCCAGAAAUGACAUGGAGGUAGUGCAUUGGUUCGUACUAAACACUUGUGAUGAGAUAAUGACAUACUUAGAUGAGCAUGAAGAGAUGAUGAAGCGAGAACAUCAAUCACAUUUGUAUGUCACGAAACACAGUGAAUUGUUUCCACAAUGGUUUUUGGAAACUUUGAAAUCAUCGAAUUCCCCCACUUACAGUGAAGAGUUAUAUAACUUGGCGUUCGGCCCGAUUUGGGCUGAAUUGUUCUCGGGUUGCCAUGUUAACGGCAUCAAGUUUUUGGGGACUGCAGGAGAUGACAAGUUGUGUAUGCAAAACAACGGUGUCCAUGUCCCAGGUGGAGGCAAAAGUACGGACAUUGAUUUCUAUGGCAAACUCACAAAGGGAAGUGUUAAAAUCGACCAUGGCUUACUAUCAGUGAACAUUAACAGAACUUGGUAUGAUGACGACCCUUACAUUUUGGCAAACAUGGCAAAACAGAUUGUGUAUCUAGAUGACCCUAAAGCCGGGAGCGGUUGGAAAGUUAUUCAACAGAUGGAUCAGAGGAACGUGUAUGCUAUACUAGAACUAGACCCAACUGACAACGACGUCGACAACGUCGCUGACCAAAGUUUGGAAUCUUCCAUGGAAAAUGAUGCAGAAACACUUCGAGAUACAAAUGUUAAACAAGAACCGUUUCAGCUUCAAGGAGUGUCUUCAAUCGAAAUACCGAUUCAGUCAAUUACAAUUGACCUCGAUGACCUUCCGCGAUAUGAUGUUCCAGUGGGCCCGAACUACGAAAGUGAUGAGGAGGAGGAUUGGGAGACCGAAAGUGAUGAUAGCGACGAUAACGAAGGUUAUUAUAGUUCAGAUGAUGAAUAA